AUGUCCGAACUUACAGCGGCCGAAAGGGUCCUCCAUGACCAGGCAAAUUUAUUGCCUCGUCGGAAACUCAUCCCUGUUUUAUGUGUGCUUGCCAUUCCGUCCAUGAUAUCCUUCAUUGAUCAGAAUGGAAUAUCGACUGCCCUGCCCACCAUUGCUGCCGAGUUGAACGCCAAGGACACCAUAUCCUGGGCAGGCACCUCGUCUCUGAUAGCGAAUACGACAUUUACCAUGCUCUACGGCCGGCUGUCUGACAUUUUCGGACGGAAAAACAUCUACGUUACUGCCGUGGCUCUGCUUGCUUUGGCUGAUUUGAUGUGUGGAAUGAGCCGAAAUGUGACCAUGUUUUACAUCUUCCGUGGCAUUGCGGGCAUUGGAGGUGGUGGCAUCGUCAACUUGAGCAUGAUUAUCGUCUCGGACGUUGUGACCUUGGAAGAACGAGGUAAAUAUCAGGGCAUCAUCUCUAGUAUGGUCGGCGUGGGUAGUGCCACGGGCCCUUUUAUUGCUGCUGCAUUUAUGUCCAAGUAUACUUGGCGUGGCUUCUUUUAUCUGCUGGCUCCUCUGAGUGCGCUGAGUUGUCUCGUUGCCAUCAUCUUUCUGCCGUCCAAGCCUCCUACUGCUGGUUUCACAGAGAGUAUGAAGAAAGUCGACUGGCUGGGGUUAUUCACUUCUUCUGUCGCCGUCAUCUUCUUGUUGAUUCCCAUCUCUGGAGGAGGAGCGUACUUUCCAUGGGACUCACCCAUGGUUAUCGCUAUGCUAGCUAUUGGCACCUUGUUUUUAAUCGCCUUUGUCAUUAUUGAAUGGAAAGUGGCCGCUUUACCAAUGAUGCCGAUCUCCAUGUUUAAAAACCCCGUCAUCGUUGUGAUUCUCAUUCAGACCUUCCUUCUCGGACUUGUCUAUCAAUCAUACGUUUACUACGUCCCGUUGUAUUUGCAAAACGCGCGCCAGUUCUCCAUCAUGACAUCGGCCCUCAUCUUCUGUCCCACCGUCGGAAUUCAAAGCGUAUCUGGCAUACUAGCUGGCUAUUGGAUCGCGCGAUACAAGAGAUACGGAAUUGUCAUCAAGUGUGGCUUUGGGCUGUGGUUGCUCGGCGCUGGACUCACUCUCAUAUACGACCGACAAACGAACCCCGGUGCAAUCGUCGCACCUCUAAUCAUUCUUGGCAUCGGCGUCGGAUUAGUGUUACAGCCAACCUUGGUUGCCCUCCAAGCCCAUUCCCCAAAAUCGAGACGGGCUGUUAUCAUAUCCAACAGAAACUUUAACCGCUGCUCAGGUGGUGCGGCUGGGUUGGCCAUAUCAGCUGCCGUUCUGCAAGUGGUACUUCGAAAUUCCUUGCCUCCAGAAUAUGCACACCUAGGCCACUCCAGCUUUGACUUGCCUGAUGUACCUGGCGGUAUUCCAUCUAGUGUCCUUGACGCCUACAUGUCCGCGAGCUACGCCGUUUUUGUUCUACAAGUUCCACUUGUGGGAAUAUGCUUCUUGGGAACAUUUUUGAUCAAGGAUAAGGGCUUGGCUUUUGCUGACGAACCCAAAGUACAAGAGGCUCAGGGUGUAGGUGAAACUGAUCUUGAAUCCGGACCGUCAUCAUCAGGAUCCAGUGUAAUGGAGAAGGGAACCAGUAACGUUGCCAGCACUGGAAGAAACACGGUGAAGCGUGGUGAUUCAGGUGUGAGAGUAACCGUAUCAAGCAAGGAUAUGAUGGACAAGAUGUAG